AUGGAAACGCCAGAAGUCCCCCAAGAUGCGCUCCAGCUCAGCGCUCUCGCCGCGCAAAAUGCCACUGUUUCGAGAACACUAUACGCACACGCCCACGUCCCCGAGCAAUCAACCACCAAGCGCCAGAAGCUAGACGACGCGUCCGAAGAUCCCAUCAUGAAGAGACGCUUCCGCAACGAAUACGCAGAUGUCGAGACUCUACCGCCUUCGAUUACCGCGAAACUUCCGACUAAACAGCCCGGAAAGAGACUUGUGAAGGCCGGUGGCCCUGCUCGACCACCUAUGAAGCUCCUUGAGGGUGCGCCUGGCUCAGGCAAGGCUGCUGGAUCAGCGGCUAGAAGCGAGAGCACACCGCAGAAUAUGAGUCUUACGAUGAGAGGAGCGCAGGCUAUGCAGCAGCCGAAGCCCGAAUGGCACGCGCCGUGGAAGUUGAUGAGAGUUAUCUCGGGACAUCUGGGCUGGGUGCGCAGUCUGGCUGUCGAGCCUGGCAACAAGUGGUUUGCCAGUGGCGCUGGUGAUCGAACUAUCAAGAUUUGGGAUUUGGCGACUGGCUCGUUGCGAUUGACACUUACUGGACAUAUCAGCACUGUUCGUGGCCUGGCCGUGUCACCUCGUCAUCCAUACCUCUUCUCCUGCGGUGAAGACAAGAUGGUCAAGUGCUGGGAUCUCGAAACAAACAAGGUCAUUCGCCACUACCACGGACAUCUGAGUGGUGUAUACACUCUGGCUCUGCAUCCCACGCUCGAUGUUCUCGUCACCGGUGGUCGAGAUGGUGUGGCUCGUGUAUGGGAUAUGCGAACAAGGAGCAAUAUCCACGUUCUCUCAGGCCACACUCAAACCGUCUCCGACCUCGUUUGCCAAGAAGCCGACCCUCAAGUCAUCACCGGAUCUCUGGACUCUACAGUACGACUCUGGGAUUUGGCGGCCGGCAAGACAAUGGGCGUGCUCACCCACCACAAGAAGGGUGUCCGAGCCCUUGCAACGCAUCCUUCAGAGUUUACAUUUGCCAGUGGUAGCACAGGGAGCGUCAAGCAAUGGAAGUGCCCUGAGGGUGCUUUUAUGCAGAAUUUUGAGGGCCACAACGCUAUCAUCAACACCAUGAGCGUCAACGAACAGAACGUUCUCUUCACAGGAGGUGACAAUGGAUCCAUGAGCUUCUGGGAUUGGAAGUCUGGACAUCGAUUCCAGUCUCUUGAUACUACCGCUCAACCCGGUUCUUUGGACGCCGAAGCAGGCAUUAUGAGUUCAACUUUUGAUCGCUCUGGUCUGCGUCUGAUUUGCGGUGAAGCUGAUAAAACAAUCAAAAUCUGGAAGCAGGACGAGACAGCAACAGAGGAGUCGCAUCCUUUAGAAUGGAAGCCAACUCUGGGCAGAAGGAAAUUUUAA